CGGGAGGGGUAGGGGGCGGAGUCAAACAGCUGGGUGCCCUGGAGUGUCUCGUGGCGGCUAUCAUGCAGGUUGGGCUUUACUUUGAAGGCAGUCGAACUCUACCUUUCUUUUCCCCUCCAUAACUACAUCGUCUAAGCGGGAUUUCCUACUUGUCAACGCCAGAAAACUACCGUUUCUGCGGCCCCUGUCUGUUUUUCGGCUACCUGAAGUGGAGAGAGGGCGAGUCGACCAACACUAAAGUUAAGCAGGAAGACUCUUACGGUGGGGAAAAAAAGCCACUUGCUCGAACACGUAGCCGCCGCCGAAGCAGCUGAAACGAGCCUCGUCCUUCUCGUGUGGCCGACUUGUUAAAAUGACUCAUUUGGCGUCAGUGCAGAUGUCAGCCCCACACAGUUAAAUGUUAGAACUACUUGAGCACAUAUUGCUUGGAUGGUCGAAGAGGAAAAAGAGGAAAGAGGGUUCGAGGUGCCUGCCAUGUCUUUGUGGGUGAUCCUGCCUGUUAGCCUCCCAGCACUGACCAUCACUGGGAUCUGGGUCGUGUAUGCCAUGGCCCUGUACAACCAACACGUCUGCCCUGUGGAUAACUGGUUGUACAACCAAUCGUGCGAAGAGGAACUGUAUUUGCAGAGUGGACCAACGUUGUGCUGCACGCUGGACAAUAUACCUCUCAUCAGUAAAUGUGGGACGCUUCCGCCAGAGAGUUGCUUCUUCAGCCUUAUCUGCAGCACAGGCUCAUUCAUGGUUAUGGUGAUCGUGCUGCUCCGCUACGCCCACGUUAUUGAGAAGCACCAAAACUGUGUCCUCAACACGGCGAGUCUCUCCACAGGCUGGAUCUGUGCCGCUGGACUCAUCAUGGUGGGCAACUUCCAGGUGGACUAUGCCAAAAUUCUCCACUAUGUCGGAGCCGGCAUCGCCUUCCCCACCAGUAUGCUGUUUGUGUGCCUGCAGUCGGCGCUGACCUAUCGACUGGCCAAGACGCAGGGGGAGUACAACGUGGCCCACCUCCGGCUCUGCAUGACCCUGCUUGCCUUCGUCGCCCUGGUGCUAAGCGGCGUAUUUUUCUGCCAGGAGAGCUACAUCCUCCAACACGCCUCGGCCAUCUUCGAAUGGGUCUUCUGCGUCAUCAUCAUGCUCUUCUACGGGACGUUCGCCUUCGAGUUUGCGGGCAUGUCGGGGGACACCGUGGCGGUGCUGGCCCGAGGGGGCUCUUUGGGGGGCGCGGGAAGGGAGCACAAGAUGGACGCCUUGGGGCCGCACCCGCCGCCGCACCAACCCGAAAACAUGUCCAUCCUGUAGGGCCCGACUUGCUCGGCUCUGGAUUAUCCUUCCAAGACGGGGUUGUCAAAUCUGUUGAGUCACUCAAUCACGUGAAGAUUUGAACUCGAGCAAAACCCCAGUGGAGAGCUUUUUUUUUUUUUUUUUUUUGUCAUCACAUCUGAGCUUUUCCACCAGCUUUUCGCCUGUCUGCAUUUUGCACAUUUGUGGAACCAAAUUUUCCAGCCAGCCAGCCAGCCAGCCAAACCUGCCUUCAGUUACAAGUAUUAGCAACGGAGCGCUAAAGGUCCAUCAGAUUCAGAAAAAAAUCUGUCGUUUCCUCUCUCCUGCACCCCCCCACCCCCCCUCAACAAGUGACCUUGGAUGAUUUCCUCUUCAGGUGAUUGCAGCGUGGCCUUUUCAUUUCAUUUGGUGAGUGCUAAACAAGAGUCUGUCGGACGGCCGCAGCUGAAAGUAGAAACCGCAGCGCGAUAUUAUCUGCUGCUUACAUAGUAGCCACACAGGAGCAAGGUCAGGUGUGGACGCAAUAAAUUCUCAUCAUAUUAUCCUACAGACCAGUAUAUAACUCUUACGUGAAAACUGUUACAUAAUUUUUUUUAAAUAAGGGGGACCUGGUAUGCAUCUUUUUUUCCCAUAGUUUGUCUGGGAUGGUGUUCAUAUUGAACUAGAUAAAAGGUCAUCCUCUCAUCUUAGACCAGAGAUGUCCAAACUGGAGACCCGGGGGGGGCCUUUUUAACUCAUUCACUGCCAAAGACGUUUUUAAAUGUCUUUUCAGAAUUUGUCCAGAAUUGUCUGUAACUGAACGAGUUAAAUACCCCAUGCCGUAAUUUCCCGUGAUUAAUAUGCAACUUGUAAGUGCUCAGAUCCAGCAUUUGGUCCUUCUGGUUGUGCGUCACCUAAGCCACAUUAGCCCACUAGCUUUGACCAUGAGCUGUUCGCGGCACUUAUGAGCACAUAAGGGCAUGUCGUUGGCUAUUUGCAUACCAUAGAGUCACAUAACGGAACAAUUGUUACAAAGUCACUGUGGGUUGCUGCGUAAUUUUGUUAAAAUAUACAGACUAAUAUGGAAGGUAGCCUAUUAUUGAUGGGAAAUUACAGUACUGAGAUUCAUAUUUAACCCGGCCUGUGUUGUUUAACUGCAUUGCACUAAUGACUUUUUUUUUUUUUUUACACUGAUGAGCCAAAUAGGAGCUGAGAAGAAAUUGUUCAUUUCUCCCUUCCUCGUGUCCCCCUCGUUAACGUCAGCAAAAAAAUAGAAACAUUUCUCUAAACAACGCGCCCCCAUCAAUCAAGAUAAUUUAGUUACAGCAGCAACUGAAUGGCAAUUGUUUGCCUCCACUUCAAGGUCAGCUUAGUAUAGAUACAGGACAGCCGUUUGUUCCCCGUGACCUUCAAAUAACGACACAAAUUCAACAAAGUUGCAUAGCAGGUCCCCUUUUAAUACAGCAAAUAUUGAUAUUUGUUCACACUGACAUCCCUACCACUGUUUGAUUGUUUUUUUUGCUCAUUUAUCCAAGUACUGUCGCCGCCUCACAAUGGUUGAUCGUACAAUCGUUGCCAACAGACCUCCAGCGCUGUACAAUUUUCUGCCAAAGACGCAUAGAUGCGACGCAGAUUCCCCCCAGGUCCUGCGCAUUCCAUCCACUUACUGUAAGCUUCUUACCUUCUACAGUAUUCCUCAUAGAGACGAUAGCGGCCGUGUUACUGUCAAGUGUGCCAAAUAUCAGUGUGCCUGUGGCCUCGGUGCUAUUAACAACUUUCGCUCCCUCUCUCUCUCUCUCUCUCUCUCUCUCUCUCUUUUUUUCACUCUCUCUAUAUAUUAAUCGAUGAUUGUAACAAUCGCAUUCAUAAAAGCAAUAUUGUACACUUCUUUUUAUCACUAUUGUGUUCCUGAAUGUUACUGGACACAGCAUUGGGUACAUCACAAACUCUUGCAUUGGGAGGGGCGGUGGGAGGGUUGUUCGCGGAUAUAAAAAUGCAUUUCAUUAGGUGUCAUUUACAGUUUAAAUGGAUUUU